CCAGGCGUUGUGGAGCACCGCAUUGUUCGCCUUCCCCGCACCCCGCAUUUUGCUCGUCUGCUUUGCGAAUCGGCGCCCACAAUGCGUGCUCAGGCUUUUAGGCAACAUAUUUCCACCACGACGAAGAACUUCAGCUCGUCUUCACCGAUACCGCACUCAGCAGCUUCGAGCUCGAAGUCUGUUGGGUCUUCACCACCACACUCGCCCGUGUCGCCAUCCACCUCAACAACCCCUCUUCCGUCAUAUGUUCUGUUCACAGGACGUGCCAAAGUAACACCGCCAAAGACGGUGACGGUCCGCAACUCUGAGGGACACUUCACCUCGCUCCCACCACCGUUGAUGUACGACGCUCGUGCGUGGACGAAGUCCAUAAACGCCUCCGCCAACGAGGCAAUCACUGCAACGUCUCAACACCUCACAAUCAUCCAUGGGCCCGCGCGCUCGAGAGAACCACAGUGAUGUCGCAUGGUGUUGCUCCAAGGAGAUCUUCCUGGCAAUGCAAGCAGCACUAGCAACUGAAGCUCCAAAAUUGCAGGAAGCAGGCAGAAUUCCUUCCCUCGUUUUCUCGUAUUAUUGUAUUAUUACUUUCGUUUCUCGUCCGGUGUGAUGAAUUGUCCGAUACCUG